CAUAAGCGGGGGUCACCGAUUUCAUCCCUAGCAUGUGAUACGAGGGUAUGUGUGUGUGUGUGGAAAAGGAGGGACGCAAAGCAGUGUAAAGAGAAGCUGAAGUUUUCCUAACUCUUCCGUGUCUAAUUCGUCUCGCUCUCGUCAUGUCUCUCCCUCUGCUUCUGUUCUUCAUUCAGUUCUUGAGUCCGUCUCUCCAGCAGUUUCCUCGGCCGUGCACCACGCCGGACGUCCUGCGGAGCAAGCGCUGCUGUCCGGUUUGGCCGGGCGACGGUUCGGUGUGCGGCUCCCUUUCGGGUCGAGGCUUCUGCCAGGACGUCACGGUCUCCGAUCUUCCCAAUGGGCCGCAGUACCCGCAUUCAGGCCUGGACGACCGCGAACAAUGGCCUCUGGUGUUUUACAACCAAACCUGCCAGUGUGCCGGCAACUACAUGGGGUUCGACUGUGGCGAGUGCAAGUUCGGUUACUUCGGCGCCAAUUGCGGUGAACGACGGGAAUCUGUGCGCAAAAACAUCUUCCAAUUAUCCGUCUCUGAAAGGCAGAGGUUCAUCUCGUACCUCAAUCUCGCCAAAACUACAGUCAGCCCUGAUUAUAUGAUCGUGACGGGCGUGUACUCACAGAUGAACAACGGCUCGACGCCCAUGUUCACCAACAUCAGUGUGUAUGAUCUGUUCGUCUGGAUGCACUAUUACGUGUCCCGCGAUGCACUGCUCGGGGGUCCCGGGAACGUGUGGGCCGACAUUGACUUUGCACACGAAUCGGCCGCGUUUCUGCCAUGGCAUCGCGUUUACCUGCUGUUCUGGGAGCAUGAGAUCCGGAAGCUGACCGGUGACUUUAACUUCACCAUCCCGUACUGGGACUGGCGUGACGCUCAGGACUGUCAGGUGUGCACGGAUGAGCUGAUGGGGGCACGCAGUCCUCUCAACCCCAACCUCAUCAGCCCGUCCUCGGUGUUCUCCUCCUGGAAGGUGAUCUGUUCACAACCCGAAGACUACAACCAGCGUGAGGUUUUGUGUGACGGGUCUCCAGAGGGACCUUUACUGCGUAAUCCAGGAAACCACGACCCAAACCGUGUCCCGCGGCUGCCCACCUCCGCAGACGUGGAGUCAGUGCUGAGCCUAACAGAGUACGAGACGGGUCUGAUGGACAGACGCGCCAACAUGAGCUUCAGGAACGCUCUGGAAGGUUUUGCGAGUCCUGAGACGGGGCUGGCAGUAACGGGGCAGAGCUUGAUGCACAACUCCUUACACGUCUUCAUGAACGGAUCCAUGUCUUCAGUGCAGGGAUCCGCCAACGACCCCAUCUUCCUUCUACAUCAUGCCUUCAUCGACAGCAUCUUUGAGCAAUGGCUGAGGAGACACCAGCCCCCCCGCACACACUACCCGACAGCCAACGCCCCGAUCGGACACAACGACGGCUUUUACAUGGUCCCCUUCAUCCCUCUGUACAGAAACGGAGAUUAUUUCCUCUCGACUAAAGCUCUGGGAUAUGAAUAUGCAUAUUUACAGGACCCAAGUCAGCGGUUUGUGCAGGAGUUUCUGACGCCGUAUCUAGAGCAAGCUCAGCAGAUCUGGCGCUGGCUGCUGGCCGCGGGGCUCCUCGGAGCGGCUGUGGCGGGAAUUAUUGCAACUAUUAUCACCGUGGCGUGUCGCAGACGCCUGAAGAGGCGAAAGUCAUCGGCGUACGGGGAGAGACAGCCGCUACUGAACAGCAGUGAAGAGGAGGGAUCGACUUCAUAUCAGACUACACUGUGAAUCAGAGC